AUGGACCACCCCUCAGUGACAACGGAGUUUGAUUUUGGCAGACGAGCAGGAGCUCUGUGGUCGCCUCAGUCGUCAUCAUCCUCGUGCGCAGACGGGUCUCACUCCUGGCACCCGCAUAUGUCACCGCGCGAGAGGGAAGAACGCGAAGCGUGGCUUAGUCAAGGUUGUGGUAGAGCAGGUCUGAGGAUUGUCAUUGUCACGGAGAACUUUCUACCCAAGGUCGAUGGAGUAACGCGCACGUUGGCUCGACUCCUGGAGCAUUUGGAACGCGAGGGCCAUCAUUGCAUGCUCCUUGGUCCGGGGACGGGGAUGAGCCACUACGCCUCUCAUCCGCUGGUUGGUACGGCUGGGGUGCCGCUGAUUCUUUAUCCCGGGUUGAAGCUCAACUUUCUUCGCCCCAAAUUCUUGCGGGUGAUACGUGACUUUCAACCGGACGUCAUACAUUUCGUAGAUCCCAUAUGGUUGGGAGCUCAAGUAUUGAUGGCUAUGGAGUUGGGGUGGGCCGGGGAGGAGUGGGUUGGAGAAGAUGGACCAGCGCUUGGGGCAGGUAUCACGGGUGCCGUGGUUUCUUCUUAUCACACUAAUCUUGCGACCUACGCAAAGCUCUUUGGGUGGAGCUGGCUGGAACCUAUCUUGUGGCGAUUUCAGCGAUGGCUCUAUUCCAAGACGCUUUUGACACUUUGCCCUUCACCAUCUACUCUCCAAAUCCUACAAGAUCAAUCGUUUCACGGUGUUCGUCUCUGGCCACGCGGCGUAGACGUGUCCCAGUACUCUCCUAAGAGGAGGUCCGACAUGCUGCGUUCCUUUUGGGGAGUAUUCGAGCCCCCGAGAGCUACGCCGCAAGUCGUACACGGUCCCGUCGCUCAAUUCAUCGAUACGAUGCCGCAGGUAGGGAAGAUCGAGCACGACGGGUGCCAAGUGGGUAGGGGUUGGGAUAGCAAAUCAGCUCUGCCACCGACACCUCCUGAGAGUCCAGUGAUGGCCCCCGUUGACUCCGCAUGUUCAGCAGGUGUAGGUGCCCCGUCGGAUCGCAUCGUGAUUCUGUACGUAGGAAGAAUGUCUUGGGAGAAAAAUCUCAACCUCCUGCUCAUCGCCUAUGGACACCUGUCUACCCUGAUCCCGGAUUGUCCCUCUCCGAAGCUAGUCUUCGUUGGCGAUGGGCCUGCCAGAACCGAAGUCGAAGCUUUCUGUGCGGAAAGGAAAUACGACGCCGCCUUCAUGGGCCAUCGUGGCGGAGAAGAGUUGGCGAUGUGUUACGCUAGUGGGGAUAUCUUUGCAUUUCCUAGUUUCACAGAGACUUUCGGACAAGUAGUGCUAGAAGCUCUGGCUUCUGGAUUGCCGGUGGUCGGGCUUGAUGCGGACGGCACUCGAGAUCUGGUCAAUGUUGGAGCAACUGGUCUUCUUUAUCGUCUGCCGGGCGGCAACUCGUGGUCUCGAAUCUCCCGUCAGUCCGAGUCAGUCGAAUUUCAGGAAGCAGCUUGUGGAUUUGCUAGUUUACUCGCGAAGGUGAUAUGCGACUCGAAGAUGAGGCGAGAGAUGAGCGCUCGAGCGAGUACAGAAGGCGUUCGUGGCUUUACCUGGCGGGCUGCGAUGGAGCGUUGUGUCGAUGGGUAUCGAGAGUCUAUGCGUAUCGCUCGUCAAAGAAGAGCCAUCAUGGAGGGACGCCCGACGUCCGACGCCAAUGUCGAGGGACAGCGAGUCUCGAGCCCGACUGCCUCGAGAAUUAGGCGAGUCCUAUCGGCGCCGUUGUCACAUGGAGCUUCGUGGAGUCUUCAACAGGGAUCAAUGCCAAGCGGACUUGACAUCCGUCCGAAACCAGUCACCCAUGUGGUUGAGUCUGUCUGGCAUUUGAGUGAGUGUUGCCUCCAUCUGCAAUAA